AUGUUUUUUCAGCAAGGAAAUCUUUCCAGCCAAGUCCCUGGGACGUUGCGUUCAGGAAAAGUGUCAGUCACCGAGUUUCCAUCUCCACCGUCUGAUUCUGAAUCCGAUUUCCCACCUUCACCAGCAGAUCUUGAGCUCCUGCCACCACCUCCACCACCUGUAGAUGGCCCACCAGUUUUGUUUUCUGGAAAUACUUCUCCAAAGGUGGCUGUGGUAAAUCCACAACCCCAGACAUGGUCAAAAUCUUCUGUAAAGAAAGCCCCACCACCCACCAGACCAAAAAGGAAUGACAGCAUGCGUCUGAUGCAAGCAGAAGUGACAGAAUCAUCUACCCCUGUCAGCCUACAAGUACCACCAACUUCACCUAAGCCAAGUCUUAGUGUGCAACCAGGUUUCCUUGCUGACCUGAACAAGACUCUACAGAGAAAAUCCAUUACAAGGCAUAGCUCAUUGUCAUCUCCCCGGUUAUCAAGGCCUGAGCCUACAGCCACCAUGGAUGAUAUGGUCCUGCCACCUCCUCCUCCAGAACUGCUAAGAGACAAUCAAAAAGCUAACUGCUAUGGAGGCAGCCAUUUAUCAGGCUAUGCAACAUUACGAAGGGGGCCACCUCCAGCCCCUCCCAAAAGGGACCAGAACACUAAGCUUUCUCGUGAUUGGUAACCCACAUGUAAUAAACUCUUCCCUGCUGGUUCUGCACAUGCAAUUCUGUUGUACCAUGAACUUUAAAUUCUAUGUAUGAUAACCAAUCAAGCUAAGUCACAUUCAGAUAAAGGUUAACAUGCCCCUCAUUCAUCCUCAUGUUUAGCAAAUGAUCCUGAAACCAUCAGUCAAGUUACAAAACCAGUCCCCGUUAUGGAGAGGACCAAACACGACUCAUACUCUGCAUUUAAAGACACAUUUUGUAGUGUAUGUUGGUGUGCAGUGUGUCUCUGCAUGUUUUCCUACAAUAGGCAUAUAAUAAUGUAAUUAAAUAAUAAUGCAGCAGCUGUACAAUAAAAAAUAACAAGAAUGUUUUAUUUCACUCUGUCGGUUUCCACUUAAAAAAAAAAAAUAUAUAUAUAUAUAUAUUUAACUAAUGAUGUACUUGGUGCUGUAGCUUUGAGAACUUUUUAAGCAUUCACAUCUGGAACAUGUUUUUUUUGUUUGUUUUUUUGCUCAUGUUUCUUAUAAAUAAUACAUUGCCUAUGUACCAAUUUUGACUUCCCAACUUUGACUCAACAGGGUCAUCUGAGUACCUGGUCAAGUUACUAAUCUUCUAUUACGAGUCUUUUAGAUUAAGCAUAUGAGAUCUAUAUCUGAAUUAACAGCAUUGCCGUAGGUAGUUGGUCAAUGAUGUUAUAACACUGUUUACAGCCCAAGGAAAAAAAAAAUGAUGCAAUAUCUGAAUGAGAUCAACAAUGACAUG